GUUUCAGAAAAGUAAGAGCUUGGAACCAAACCAUUGAGACACAGAAUAAAGUUGGUGAAUGAGUGAAUGAGAACCAGUCAUGAGGGACCACUUAUAUCUUUUCAUCUUUAUGUUUCAUUUCAGUACAGGCUGUAUUGUGUCAGAUGAGCGGCAAAGAGUAAAAAUAACAGGAUACACAGGUGGUUCAGUUGUGUUGCCCUGCUCCUGUGCUGACUCUCAGUCUACAGCCACAACAGUCACCUGGGAGUUUGAGCAGGGAAAUCGAUGGAUUCAAGUAUUUGAAGAUGAGAAAUACAAUGACAGACGUGUGCUGUUUAAUGAACAUUCUCCAACAAAUCUGUCUCUUCUCAUUACUGACCUCAGAAUGAAUGACCAGGGCUACUAUAGAUGUCUGACUGAAUCAAAUACUUUUACAGAUGUUGACUUAAAUGUUAAAGGGUGUGAUUUGGUUGAGAAAGGAAAGACAGUUGCAGCGACUGGAUAUUCAGGAGAGUCUGUGGUUCUGCCCUGCUCCUGCACUGAACUACUGGCUAAACCUGAACAGAUACAAUGGAUGUAUUUUAUAGCUGUUAAAUAUAAAGAAAUUUACCCAAAUGAACAGAUUAAGAGUUAUGAGAACAGAGUCAAACUAUUAAACUCAAACACUCCAGGAAAUCUUUCUCUAUACAUAUCAGCACUGACUACAGAGGAUGAAGGAGACUAUCAGUGUUACAUCUCGUCUCAUCAAGUAGUCGCUAUCAGACUUCGUGUACUUCAUGUUGAAGAAAAACCUCACAUCAAUACAACCAGCUUAACAACACAUCAACCUUCACACCAAACACAAGACUCCUCAACUUCACAACUUCAACCGACUCAACUCAACAUCACACCAAAUCAACAUCACACAUCUUAUUAUGUUUUCAUUCUACUGGGAGUGUUUUUCUCAGUGCUUUUACUGGCAUUACUGGCAUUUAUAUGGUGGAGAUGUAGAGGAGGUAGAAAUGAGAAAAAGGCCACCACUGUUGCUGAAGAGCAAAAGAGAGAACAAGACAAUCAGGAUGACGUGAUGUAUUCUGCUGUAGCCUACGUUAAAACAACAUCCACACCAGCUCACACACACAAUGACCCAGCAGAGUUCACUGAGUACGCUCGUAUCAAUGUUAAACGCUAAAAGAACAACAGUGAGCACUGAGAAAUUGACACAGCUGUAUACUUUUGUUAUGAGAAUUUUUCUGUAACCUCAAUUUUGAAAAGAAAACUGUUCAUUGUUAGGAGGAUCUUUAAGAGAGUUUAAAGCACAUCAAGAAUGAUUGUAAAGCAGGACUAAACAACUGAAGAAGCUGUGUUGCCUGUCUCUAUUUUUAGACGUGAGCACUGACAGAGGAACAAAGAAAAAUGAGUCACACACUAUAUGCAUGUGCUUUUGCAAAAUGACAAAUGUUGGGUUUGGUGGUUGACAUAUUUAAGCUUUAAAAUCAGAAUGAAAUUAAUAAUUUUAUA